AUGGAAAGCCAGAAUCUGGAUUUGGAGCAAGGCUCGCGCGCCUCAUCCUCAGCAGAGUUACCGGGAAAGGAAAAGCCAUCUAGUAUCGAUAUCAACAAUGCCGGAUCUUCCAACACAAUAGUAGAUGGGCACGACGAGCACGACCCAGUUGAGCCAGAGAAGAACGAACGACAAGCCAGUCAUGACCAGAAUCUCGUGAGCUGGGAAGGCCCCGAUGAUCCCGACGAUCCUAGGAACUGGCCAAAAAGGAAAAAAUGGGUGGCUGUGGUCACUGUAUCGGCGUACACCUUGAUAUCCUCCAUGUCGUCUUCGAUGGUGGCUCCCGCACUGCAGAAUAUUAGUCAAGACUUGGGCAUCACGAACGAUGUACUGACGCAGAUGACCCUUUCGAUAUUCGUUCUGGCUUUCGCCUUUGGGCCACUACUGCUGGGCCCUCUCUCAGAGGUCUUCGGACGAGUCCCAGUCCUGCAAUUGGCAAACAUGUUUUUCCUCGUUUGGAAUCUGGCCUGCGGAUUUGCGCAAAAUGCCGGAGAGUUGAUUGCAUUUCGCUUCCUCGCGGGCAUUGGUGGCUCGGCGCCUCUCGCUAUUGGUGCUGGUGUGCUAGGAGACUGCUUCACAGCUGAUCAGAGAGGUUUGGCGGUUUCCAUAUAUACCCUAGGUCCUCUCCUUGGACCUGCCAUCGGGCCUGUUGCCGGCGGUUUCAUUGCUGAGACCAUUAGCUGGCGGUGGGGUUUCUGGAUCGUCACCAUAGCCGACACCGUGCUUCAAGUACUCGGACUGUUCUUCCUACGAGAGACAUACCGACCUCUCCUCCUGGCACGUAAGCUGAGGAGACGAAAACAAGAGACAGUGAACAACGCACUUUACGCUGUGGAUGCCAACGGAAACGAUAAUCUCACCCAAAAGCUGACGACCGGCUUUGCCAGGCCAUUUCGACUCCUCUUUACCCAACCAAUUAUCAUUUGUCUGGCCUUAUUCCUGGCAUACAUCAACGGUCUGAUGUAUUUCAUAGUCUCCACCUUCACAGCUCUAUGGACAGAUCACUACGGGGAGACGACUGGCAUUGCUGGGCUUAAUUACAUCGCGAUGGCGAUAGGUCUGACCAUUGGCGCCCAAGGAACUGCUCGUCUCACAGAUCGUGUGUACCAUCGCCUUAAAGAGAAGAAUGGAGGAGUUGGCCUUCCAGAACACCGCGUCCUUCUUAUGAUUCCUGCUGCCAUUGGUGUUCCAAUUGGGCUGUUAUGGUAUGGCUGGUCGGCUCAAGCACACAUUUUCUGGAUUAUGCCGGAUAUUGGAGUCGCUAUCUACGCUGCAUCGACUAUCAUAGGUUCACGCACCAUACAAAGCUACGUGGUUGAUGCAUAUACACGAUAUGCUGCCAGCGCCAUGGCCGCCGUCAACACUCUACGCUUUCUCUGCGCAUUCAGCUUUCCAUUAUUCGCACCUUCUUUGUACAGCGGUGUCGGAUACGGAUGGACCAAUACAAUAUUGGCCUUAGUCGCCGUCGUCCUUGGCAUACCAGCACCAUGGAUCUUGUGGCAUUAUGGUGAACGACUUCGAAAGCGAUCUAAGUUUGCGGCAGGAGGGCGAUGA